AUGCCCUCUCUCAAUCUUCUAGCACUCGCACUGAGUGUGCUGCCACUCACCACAGCAGUCUCCUGCCCAUAUAUUCAAGGAAACGCUCGCUCAGCGAGUCCCAUACAACACCCCGAGGCAAUCAUCGAGCGUCGUGCCAAUGGUGCCUCCGACUUUGGACGGUGCUCGCGCAACAGCAAAGCCGCCGGCGGCGGCACGCGAAGUGCUGAUUUCUGGCCCUGCCAGCUGAACCUAGCUGUCCUGCGCCAAAACGCAGACAAGGUCAACCCUCUUGACGCAGACUUUGACUACGCUGCUGCCUUUACCAAGGUCGAUGUCGCCCAACUUAAAAAGGAUCUGACCAAGCUGCAAACCGACUCGCAAAAGUUUUGGCCUGCUGAUUUCGGCAACUACGGCCCCUUUUGGAUCCGUCUGUCCUGGCACAAUGCCGGCACCUACCGUAUGAUUGACGGCCGUGGCGGCGCCGGUAUGGGCCAGCAGCGCUUUGCGCCCCUCAACAGCUGGCCGGACAAUGGCAGCCUGGACAAGGCCCGUCGGCUGCUCUGGCCCAUUAAGCAAAAGUACGGUAGCGCCCUGUCCUGGGCCGACCUCUUCGUCUACGCCGGCAACGUGGCCAUGGAGAACAUGGGCUUCCCCACUUACGGCUUCGCCUUUGGCCGCGUCGAUACCUGGCAGUCCGACGAAGGCAUCUACUGGGGCAGCGAGCAUGAGUUCUUCCCCAGCCUGAAGAGCAGUGCGGACCGCUACAACGCCAGCACAGACCUCAACGCCCGUGCCGACAAGUUGGAGAGCCCUCUUGGCGCCACCAAUCUCGGCCUGAUCUAUGUCAACCCUGAGGGUCCUGAUGGACACCCUGACCCUGUUGCUUCUGCCAAAGACAUCCGCAUGACUUUCGGUCGCAUGGGCAUGAACGAUGAGGAGACUGUUGCUCUCAUUGCUGGCGGACACGCCUUUGGCAAGACGCACGGUGCCGUUGCGCCCGACAAUAUUGGACCGGACCCCAAUGCCGCUCCUCUUGAGCAACAAGGCUUCGGCUGGAAGAACAGCUUCCAGUCCGGCGUCGGAAACAACAGCUUCACCAGUGGUCUCGAGGUUAUUUGGUCGCGAACUCCCACCAAGUGGACAAAUGAUUUCUUUGGCUCCCUCCUGAACAACAAAUGGACGCUUGUGACAAGCCCUGGCGGCGCCAAGCAGUGGGAGGCUGUCGACGCGAAUGCUUCCCACCCUGAUCCCUUUGACCCUGCCAAAUUCCACAAGCCCACUAUGCUCACGAGUGAUCUUGCUCUCAUCAAUGACCCCGUGUACAAGAACAUCUCGCAGACCUUCCUCGGCGACUUUGACUAUCUUACAAAGAAGUUUGCUCUUGCCUGGUUCAAGCUCCUCCACCGCGACAUGGGGCCUCAGGCACGCUACCUGGGCCCUGAGGUUCCCAAGGAGGCGCCUCUCAUCUGGCAGGACCCCUUGCCUGCUGCCACUGGGAAGACCCCCGGCAGUCGCGAGCUGACCAAGCUCAAGAAGGACAUUCUCGCAACCUCUGGGCUGAACAUUUCCAACCUGGUGACUACCGCUUGGGGCUCGGCCUCGACGUUCCGCAUCUCGGAUAAGCGUGGCGGCGCCAAUGGUGCCCGUAUCGCGCUCAAGCCCCAGAACAGCUUUGCUGCCAAUAACCCGGAUCGUUUGAAAGCUGUCAUCAGCGCUCUGCAAGGAGUGAGGGACAAGUACAACAAGAGCAACAAGAGCAAGCCGAUUUCCCUCGCGGACAUCAUUGUUCUUGGCGGCACAGCUGCUAUCGAAAAGGCCGCUCUUGACGCCGGUCUCACUGUUACCGUGCCCUUUACCGGCGGUCGUGUUGACGCGACCCAGGAUCAGACUGACGAGACUGCUUUUUCAUUCCUCGAGCCCCAGGCCGAUGGCUUCCGCAACUUCGGCAAGGGCACCACCCUUGCCCUCACCGAGGAGCUGCUUGUGGACAAGGCCGCUCUUUUGACUCUGAGCCCGCCUGAGCUGACCGUUCUCAUUGGUGGCUUUCGCGCCCUCGAUGCCAAUUUUGACGGCUCCAAGCACGGCAUCUUCACUGAGCGCCCUCGUCAGCUCACCAACGACUACUUUGUGCACCUGCUCGACGUGAACAACGUUUGGACCGCAGUGGCAGACAGUAACGAGGAGCUCUUCCAGGCAACUAGCAUUGAGGGUGGCGAGGUCAAGUACACGGCAACUCGUGCAGAUCUCAUCUUUGGCUCUCAACCUGAGCUCCGCGCCGUGGCUGAGGUCUACGCUUCCAGCGACGCCAACCAGAAGUUUGCCGAUGACUUUAUCAAGGCUUGGACCAAAGUCAUGGAGCUCGACCGGUACGACAUCAAGGGCCGCAAGCAGAAUAAUGUCCAGUAA